AUGUUCUCCAAGAACCGCUUCAAUGGACAACACGGAACACCCGUUGCACCCAAAGGGGACACCAAGGAACGGGUUCGCAAAAAGAGGGCCCCCAACCCCAGGGUAGUGCUUGUCAUUCGGGAGAAGAUCCACCGCCUGCUCCAAGGAUCCGGCCAGGAACUACCCACCCCAGACCUUUACUAUGCUGGGAACGAGGAGGAGGGGGGAGGAGAGGGACAGGAGAAGAGAAAGGAGGCCACAAAUAUUUUUGUGAGGUGUGCGCCCAGAGAGGAAGUUUGCUCCUCGAGGAUCCCCACCUGUAAGCCACAUGGAGGGGUGUCUGGGGCUUCCUGCAUUGGGGAGGUGGAGCUGAACAGAGAGGGCUGUGUCAGGAUCCCUUGCACUCUGCAGCACAAUAGCAGAAGCCAAUCUCCAGGGAAGCAGAAAUUGAGUAUCCCAGACGGGAUUAGGACUGUCCCGGAAAAGAGACGAACACCCAAACACCAGAAAUGGAUAAUCCCGGCAGGUAUCCGGACCAUUCCAGAACAGAGAAGAGAAGCCCUACACCAGAACCAGAUUAGCCCAAACAGGAACAGCUCAACGUUUGCCUCAGAGGCAGGGGCAGCAGGAGGGAAGGUUGACUUCAGUCGGACCCGUGUAGAUCAAAAGAGACCUGUUUUUAUGGGUGACUAUGUGGAUUACACCUUCAACAGAAUACGGCACGAUACUCUGCUGGAGGUGGACGAGGAAGAAGAAGACGAGGAGGAGGAAGAGGAGGAAGAGGAGGAAGAGGAGGAAGAGGAGUCUAGUGCCAUCAUCGAGCACAUUCUCAAAGAGCUGAGAGGGAUCAACAAAAUCCAGGAGGAGAUCUCGGACCUGCGAGAUUACCUUUCAUCCGUGCGUGGCUCUGUAGAGGAGGUGUCUUCCUGUGUGGAUGCUGUUCUCCUGGAGAUAGAGGGCAUUCGCUCAGGAAACAAGGCUAGUGGCAGUCCAGGAGAUGGGGCUUGGUCUGGGGCAGCAGGAGGCAAUGACGGAGCCUCCUUCACCCCUCACCAGAGGCCUGUCAGCGCCUAUGGCAGUUUAGGCAGGCAGAUGGUGCCUUCAGAUUCCAAUGUCUGCCGACCGUCCGUCUUCAGCCAACGCCACAGCAUCCACGGGAUGCCAGUGGAGUUCCACUUGCCAACAUUAGAAGAGAAGUCUACCACAGUCUCGCCAGGCACCGAAUUAGUGGAGCCUGAUGGCCAGAAGCAGGAGGAUGAUGAGCUGCCGAAACACAGCAUCCCAGGGCCCACCAUGGUCAGCAAACUGAGCUGUGGCUACCUGGAACGGCAGGACGACCAAGACUUCCCCAGCACCAGCUCCCUGUCCUCAGGACACAGCAUCAAUUCAGAGUCGGUCCUUGAGAGACCCUCAUCCAGCCACGGUGCAAGGCGUGGUGGUGCUAGAGAUGGUAGUAGGGGUGGUGGUGCUAGAGGUGGUAGUAGGGGUGGUGGUGCUAGAGGUGGUAGUAGGGGUGGUGGGGUGGAGAGCUGGGGUGGUGGGGGCGGAGAACAUGGUGGGACUGAGAAGACUAUAUGGUGUGAAGAACAAUGUUUUUCCAGACAGAGCAGUCUGGAAGAGCAGGAAGGAGAGGGGCCUGCCUGUUUGGAGGGGACAGGGAGCUGGGAUCGGUACAGGGGCUCAGAUGGGUAUAGUACUGGUACCCUGGCCGAGUCCUCCACAGGAAGCUCCGACCUCCACUCUCUCCACUCCUCUGGACUACACUACAACUCCCCCGCCAGCACUUCCAGUCGUGAGGAGUGGCGCUGUCAUAGACGGAGGCUGCAACAACAUCAUGGCACUCAAGUUCCUACAGACAUCCACUCAGAGUAUCCCAGCCUGGGAUACAAGGGUGCUGCUGAUUGCUUAUUUCCCCAGAGCUCUGGUUGCCACUCAGUGGAAGGACAUACAGAAGGAGUGGAGAGCUAUGGCUACACAGCUACCCCCACAGAUCUCAGCUACACAACUGACUGUCAAGUAGAUAGUUACCUGGAGAACUAUUCUGGCCAUGAGCACGACGUGACUGAAGAAUUUACAGAGGUGACCUGUACCUGGGGCUCACUACAGGUGACAGGUACUACUGUGGCUGAAACAGACAUGCCAUUGGUCAGUACAGAUGAAGGAGUUAUGCUAGGGCACCUCCCGCGCCCUAACAGCGCAGAGAUCCAAAACGUUGGUUUUAACGUGAAGCGGAUUGGGCGAGCCGUGCUGGACUUCAGCUCCGCCCUGCGGGAGGCCUUACGCAAGUUGGAUGGACCUGGAACCGAGAAGAGUCCUGGAGAUGAGACUGAGCCCACAAGCUUUUUGGCGGAGUCUCAAACAAACCUACCCCACGCAGAUAUGUCCCAAACGUCAAAAGAGGAUGGGUUGGACCCAGGGGCCUUGGACGACACAGAGAGACUAACCCAGACCUGUGUCCUCUCCUCUGCCCCCUCAGAAACCUGCCCAGGUGAAACCCUGCCAGAGGAGGUCAGCGACGGCCACCAACAGGCUCAGGAUGACCCUUAUGGACCUUCUCUCCUUCCUUACUCCGGACAGGACGUUUCCCAAACAGGCCUAGACUUUGCUUCACUUGGCCCAGAGCCUAUGGUCUCCCCACCCAAUGCAGAGGCAGAAGAAAAAGGAGCCACUCCUCUGCCUCAGGGCCCAACACACACCCCCACUCGGAACAUCUCUCUAUCGCAAUGCACCACUGUAGAGUCCCUCUCACUCUCCUUCUUGGCUGAGGAGUCGGCACCCCAGGAGGAGCAGGGAGACGAACCCCCAUCCCUGUCGCUGCCACAGCCCAACACAAAAGACCCAGAUACGCCUGCAGCCCCAGAAGGCGAGGCAGCAAGAGAUGCAGCGGGAAAGGCAGAGAGAGCAGAGGAGCACACCCCGGAGAUAAGCCAGAGGGAGGUGCGGAGGCUGAAGUGCCUGAGAACCUUCCAGCAGAUCCUUCGGGAGAAGAGGGAGUCACGGCGCCAGCUCAACAGCAUGACCAUGUCCACCUUCAAGGAGGACAACCUCAUUCCAGAUGGAAGUCGACAAGACAAUCAGGGCCGAGACAGAGAUGGAGAGCCCAGCAAGCACCCGUUGGCCAAGCCUGCUGGUGCCACACCCUUUGGGAUCGACAGUAUGCCUGACCUCCGCAAAAAACAGCCUAUCCCCCUGGUCGGCGAGCUGGUGAGUUCUUUUGACCCCUCAACCCUGCCCUCUUACCUAUUGUCAUUUUGA